AUGUCGACCCCUGAAACCGAAAAGAAAAAGUCAUUCACCAUCAGUGCACCGCCCGAAACGGAUGUGUGGCGUAAACCUCCGUCUACGAAUGUCUUCAACGCCCCAACCCACCCUCUAAUCCCAUCCCCAAUCCCACUUCAAUCCUUCCAACGCGCUCGGUUGACAUUUAGUGGACCGUGGACGACGAGGUACGAUCAGGGGGGGUUACUUUUGAUUUUAACCACCACCAAGGCCACCACGACUGACUCGGAUGCGUAUUGGCUCAAAACAGGCAUCGAAUUUUACAUGUCGGUGCCAAACUUGAGUACGGUAGCUACUAGGGAAUGGUCAGAUUGGAGUGUCUUUCCGUUAUCGGAAAGGGAAGUGGAAGGGGAUGGGAAGGGGAAGGUGACAGUGGAAGCAAGAAGAGAAUCCGACGAGUUGGGUACGAGUUUAUGGGUUUAUCAGAUUCUCCCCACCGCCGCCGCCGCCGCCGCGGGACAACGUGUGCCGUUGAGAGAAGUCACUUGGUUUUUCGCAGAUGAAGAGGGGGGUGGGUGGAAUUUGGAUAUUCGAGCUAUGGCGGCCAGACCGGCGAAGGAGGGGGAUGUGGUUGGGAAGAAAGAGUUGGUUGUUGAGUUUGAAGAUGUGCAAAUUGAGGUUGCUGAAGUAGUUUGA